AUGAUCUUGCGAGGUCUUGGCGGAUUUGUUGGGGUAGCCGGUCAAUACUUUGCGCUAAUGUAUUUAUCAGUUUCUGAUACGGUGGUGAUGAGCUUUUUGGCACCUACAGUGACAUCGUGGAUGGCAUAUGUCUUUCUGGGCGAGUCGUAUACUCGGCUGGAAGCAAUAUGUGGGGCAACUGCUUUCUUGGGAGUCGUUUUAGUUGCUCGGCCCUCCUUCAUAUUUCACGGGUAUGAAACUAAAUCCGGUGAAGAUGCUCCUGACGGUACUCCAGUAAUUGAAUCAAGUUCUGCCACUUUGAGACUCAUCGGAACAUGUGCAAUUCUUUUGUCUUGUUUCGGAACAGGCGUGUCGAUGUGCUCUAUGCGGAAAAUCGGAUUCCAUGCCCACCCUCUUCUUACAGUCUCCAUUUUCGCUCUUAUAACCUUCAUUUUAUCAUCUGCUGGAGUAAUAAUUUUUCAGCUACCAUUGCAGAUUCCUCAUACCCUGAAACAAUGGCUCCUUCUUUCAACAGUUGGCAUAGCAGGCUUUGUUAUGCAGUAUCUUUCGACGAUGGGUAUGCAGCGUGAGAAAGCCGCUAGAGCUAUGUCUAUGUCAUAUACGCAGUUGCUUUAUACAACUGUUCUAGAGUACGUUCUCUUUAAUCAUCUUCCCAGUCCGCUGACUAUUCUCGGAUCAUCAAUCAUCAUUGGAUCAGUGAUGAUCAUCAUCCUAUAUAAGCCAGAGGAGGAUGAGGACGAAAACCUUGACACCGAGUUAUCAUUAUACGAAGACACAAAUUCGAUGAACUCCUCCGACUCCGAUAAAUAA